ACUUCACCAAUUCCUUUCGCUUACCAGUCUCUUGUCUUCUCAGGUUCGCUCGUUUUUCUCCUUAAAUUUUAGCUCCUUCAUAAGGCUUUUUUCACACCUAAAAUUUAGAUCUAGUAAGUUGCCUGAACGCUACGUACUAGUUAACGUUUCAGGUGGUAAGAGAUACAUAAAGAGAAAGAUGAGUUGGACUGGAGGAGAUUGGCUAUGCGGUGCGUGUCAACACGCAAACUUCAAAAAAAGAGAGUCAUGCCAAAAAUGCGGAUACCCCAAAUUUGGAGGGGUUGAUGUUUCAACGUACUUGUACAACAGGACCGAAGUUAUGGCUGGUGAUUGGUAUUGUGGUGCAUUGAAUUGUGGGAGCCACAAUUACGCGAGCCGAACAAGUUGCUACCGAUGUGGAAUGAUUAAAGUCGAGUAUACGGAACAGUACUACGGUGCUCAAAUGGUUGCGUACGGGAAUGAUGGCACAGCUUGUCCUCCCGGAUGGAAAACUGGCGAUUGGUUUUGUCCUAGGGUCGGAUGUGGGGUUCAUAACUACGCAAGCAGGGCUGAAUGCUUCAAAUGCAAGACAACAAGAGAUUAUGGUGCGUGAAUAUAUAUUCUCUUUCUUCUUUUAGAAUGUUAUUCUAUAGAUUUCGAACUUUUGAAUUGAUAUAUUUUCCCUUUUCUGAUCUCUAGGUGGCGUCUAAAUGGAUGAGAAAGAGCUAAUGAAGAAUCUCUUGUUUU